AUGAACUCCAAGCCCUACCUUCCAAGUAUGGGCAGUUUCUUGAAUGUCAUUACCUCGCCUAUCUCAGGCAGAUACAAGCCGGCCACUCAGUCGGAGUCUCUGGAUUCAAUACCCGAAGACAAUCAUCCGGUGACAAUGUCGCUAGAUUUAGCCAAUACUGUUGUUUUCCAGAAGGGGAUCAACAAGGAAGAGAAGAUGGUUAGUCCUCCUAAGACUAUUCUGGGAGACAUCGUCGUCUAUGUCUUUACUCCGGCCAGACUCUGUCACCUAAAAAUUGAAUUCCGGGGUAAAAAGUAUAUCACACUCCAGAAAUCUGCGUAUCACAACACUCAAUCUCCUUUAGUCAAAUGUCGAACUCUAGUUUACGACACUGUACUCUGGAAACAAGAAGACGUACUUCCUAUAGGGAUUUACAACUAUAGUUUUACCUUUGUAGUAGAGCCGUCGCUUCCAGAAACUGUAGACACUGCUAAUCUCCAGAUCCACUACGAGCUAGAUGUCUCCAUGAAAUAUACGUUACCGUCUUCGAAUAGUCAGAAGUUGAAGACGAUCCGGAGAUUCAAGGAAGUGCAGUUA